AUGACGCCACUGUCCAACCCGAAUUUCAUCGAGCGGCCCGAUAGUCCGGAGACGGUGGACGCCCCGCCAGCGCGACCCGUAGCGAAAGCGAGCAGCGGAGAUGCGAACGGCGGCACCCACCACGGCGAUUCGCCACCACCACCGCCGCCGCCCAGAAACACGCCCCCGCCGGAGCGACAAUCGAUCUCGGCCAUCGCGCCCACCCGCGAAGCGGCAAACGACUCGGGCGACGAAAGCGGGAAGAGGACGCAUGCGCGGAAGAGGCGGCCGAAAGACCGCAAGCAAAAGUUGCCCGAUCGCGUGGGGAAAAACGACAAUGGUGUCAUCCGAGGUAAGCGUGAUGGAAGAGGAGGCGGCGGGGGCAGGGGCGGCGGCGGUGGGCCCGGCGGAGGACUCGGUGGGCGUGGUAGGGAUGGCUGGGACGAUGAUGACUUCGUGGGGACUUCGGAUUACAGGCCUAGGAACUACGGAAAUUCAGCGUACGACCGCAGUGUGCCCAAAAGCAAACCCAUCCCAGGGCGCAGGCACACAGUUGUGGAGACUUACCCCCUCCAAGCCGAUGGAAGCCGAAGCUCGGCACCAUCGGAGUCGGCUAGCACGAUACCACCGGUGUCCGUCAGCGGCGACGAUGGCGACACAGAGCCCCCUGGUGACCCGCCGUCUCCAGGAGUCCCCGCCGACGAGUACUCACAGCCGCCUCCAGUAGUCACCGUCGACGACUACUCACAGCCGCCUCCAACAGCCCACGCCGACCACUACUCACAGCCGCCUCCAAGUGCACCCCAUACCCCCGAGGAACCAGCUCCGCCCAGCUCCGAUUCACAGUCUUUACCGAGACGCCCAUCCGUUCCACUAGAACCAUUCCGGCGAGAGCUCAGACGAAAUAAGGUGGGCUUGACGGAGGUUGUGUGGAAUGGCGUGGAAUAG